AUGGCUGAAGCUCUAGUCUCAUUACUCAUUGAGCAUUUCGGUUCCAUGGCUCUUGAGCUGAUUGAAGAGGAAGUGAGGCUGGUCAAAGGUGUGGAUGAAGAUGUUGCGAACCUCAAGACCAAUCUUGAGGACAUUCGAGCAGUGCUUAAGGAUGCUGAGCAGAAGCAACUGAACGAUGCGAGUCUAAAGAGAUGGUUGGAUAAGCUCAAUAAUGCGGCGCACGACAUGGAUGAUGUUCUGGACGAGUGGAACACUGCCAUUCUUGAAUUCAAAAUCAAGAAAGAAGAGGAAGCUGAAAACAAUGCUUCUUCAUCAAACAAGAAGGUGUGUUUUCCUAUGCCCUCUUCUUGCUUCUAUUUUACCAGAGUCAAACGUCUUACUUUGCGUCGUGACAUUGCUCUCAAAAUCAAAGAACUGAACCAAGACCUGGAUAGGAUUGCCAAAGAUAAAGAUAACUACAACCUUAACAUAAAGAGGAUCGUUGAACGACCUGAGCAUCGACAGACUACUUUCCUUAUUGAUGAAACCAAAGUUCAAGGUCGAGAUGAGGAUAAGAGUCUGUUAAUAAGCAAAUUGUUGAGUGAGAGCAGUGAUGAUGGGAGACACCUUGAUAUCAUCCCCAUUGUGGGGAUGGGCGGUCUCGGAAAAACUACUCUUGCCCAGCUAGCUUAUAAUGAUGAGACGAUUAAGACCCACUUUGAUAAGCGAAUUUGGGUGUGCGUCUCAGAUCCUUUCGAGGAGGUCAAGAUUGCCAAAGCAAUUAUUGAAGGCCUCGGAAGUAGUGGUCCAAGUUCAGUCGAAUUGAAUGCUUUAGUGCGCUGCAUUCAUGAGUCCGUCGAGGGAAAGAAAUUUCUUCUCGUCCUAGAUGAUGUAUUGCUUGAAGAUUACAGUAGAUGGGAAACUGUACAUGUAGCUCUUCAAAAUGGUGCUAUAGGGAGUACGAUACUGGUGACCACCCGAAAGCAAGAAGUUUCGAUCAUGAUGGGGGCAGCCACACACCAGAUUAGUCUGGAAAGAUUGUCUGAAGAGCAUUGUUGGUUAAUUUUUAGCCAAUUGGCAUUCAUGGAAAGAACAACAGAGGAGCGCGCCGAAUUAGAAAAUAUUGGUAGGCAAAUUGCAAGAAAAUCAAGUGGCUUGCCCCUUGUUACUAAAACUUUAGGUAGUCUCAUGCGCUUUAGAAAGACCAUAAGUCAAUGGGAGGACAUUUUGUGCAGUGAACUGUGGGAGUCGAAAGAUGUUAAAGUUAGGGAAAUUUUUGCUCCAUUUCUACUUAGUUAUUACGAUCUACCUCCUCUGCAAAAACGUUGUUUUUUAUAUUGUUCGGUAUUUCCUAAAGAUUAUGAUAUUGAAAGAGAUGACUUGAUCGAGAUGUGGAUGUCACAAGGUUAUUUAAGCCAAACAAUAAAUUCCAAGAAAGAAGGUCGAGAUUGUUUUGAAAGUUUAGCUAUGCGGUCCUUUUUUCAAGAUUUCAAAGAGGGUGAAUACUAUGGAACCAUUACUUGCAAAAUGCAUGACAUAGUUCAUGACUUUGCUCAAUUUUUGAUGGGUAGUGAAUACGUUCUGAUAGAAGUUGAUGGUAUUAAAGAGAAUAAAAAGGAAGUAGAUGAAAGCACUCGUCACUUGACCUUGGCGGUUAGAUCUGAAGACCAUUUUCUGACCCUAAGGCACAAUGCAAAGAAUUUGCGCUCAAUUUACAUUUACGCGGACAGCAACAAACUACAUGUUGAUAGAAUAUUGUUGUUUUCUCAUCUGACACGUCUCCGGACGUUAACAAUGGAUGACUGCGAGUUUGAAAUUUUACCAGAGGAUAUUGGUUUAUUGAAACAUCUAAGAUAUCUGGACUUGUCUGGUAACACUAAUUUGAAGGAAUUGCCUGGCACAUUGUUUAAUCUGUAUAAUCUUCAGACUCUGGCAUUGUGUAAUUGCAGUUCACUUCCAAGACUACCAGAGAAGAUUGCAAAACUGGUCAACUUAAAAAAUCUAUAUAUCUUUGGGUGCUGCUUCGAGGGCCUGCCAAAAGGGAUAGCAAAAUUGACUGGUCUCCUCACUCUUGAUAUGUGGGUGGUGCCCAAGGAGAGAAAAACAUAUCUUGAUCUCGGAGAUCUAAAAAUGUUGAAAUACCUUCAAUUUCAAAGCAUUCUCUGUAUUCAAAGGUGCGCAAACGCGGGCAAUCUUGAUGAGGCUGAAAAGAUAAAUCUCAGCAGUUGGCAACAUCUUCUUGACUUGACACUGGAAUUUAGAGAAUCUGAUGAGCUGUAUGAAAUUGGAGAAAUUCUUGAUGAUGAUACUGAAAUUCUGGAAUCCUUGCAACCACAUCCUAACUUAAAAGCAUUAGAAAUCUCAAACUACCAAGGUGCAACAGUGUCUCCCACUUGGAUGAUGUCGCUAACUAAUUUGACAAGUCUCGAACUAAACUUUUGUACAAAAUGUGAGAUUUUACCCCCACUAGGAAAAAUGCCUUCUCUUGUUUCGCUGGUUAUUUGUUGCUUGGAUAGCUUGAAGAAGGUGGGUCCAGAAUUCCUUGGAAUUAUAGAAAGAGACGAAGAAGAUCACGGUAUAGCUAGAAGGGAUCAGGAUACUCCAUCCGAACCAUCCAUUAUUUCUUUUCCGAGAUUGAAAAAGCUUAAAUUUGAUUGGAACGAGGAGUGGAAAGAGGGAAAGAGUGGGAAGGUUACAGGAUGA